AUGAUGCUCCAACCUCGAAUACAGCCGCGCGCGGUGUGCACAUCCUGCAAAACUCUCCUCUCCAGUUUCGCCAGACUUCCAGCACUCAGCACCAGAACCUACGCCACGAGAACCGAAUCCACGAGCGCUUCAUCAUCCACUGCAGAUGUCACAGCAUUCACUCCCGCCUCCGCCGGGCCUAUGCGCAAGCAGAGCGGCUUCCAAUUGAGAACAUACAAGCCACGGACGCCCGGUCUUCGACAUUUACGGAGGCCCAUCAACGAUCAUCUCUGGAAAGGGAAGCCCUAUGCAAAGCUCACGUUUCCAAAAAUCGGUCAUGGCAAAGGUGGUCGCAACAACACUGGUCGCGUGGUCAUGCGACAUCGGGGAGGAGGCCACAGGAGAAGAAUCCGGACGGUCGACUUUACACGCAUGGAGCCAGGAAAGCACCUCGUGGAGAGAAUCGAGUAUGACCCUAACCGAUCUGCGCAUCUUGCGCUUGUGGAGAGCGUGAAGACGAAGAAAAAGAGCUACAUCAUCGCGGCGGAAGGCAUGAGAGCGGGUGAUGCAGUCGAGUCAUUCAGGUUAGGCAUUCCACGCGAGCUUCUGGCAAGUAUGGGAGGCGUGAUGGAUCCUGGUAUGCUGGCAGCCAAGACUGCCCUCAGAGGAAACUGCUUGCCGCUACACAUGGUUCCUCUCGGAACACAGGUCUACUGCGUCGGCUCAACGCCCGGCAAAGGAGCAGUUUUCUGCCGUAGCGCAGGCACGUACGCGACCGUCAUCGCCAAGGAAGAGCACGGCAAGAAGGUCGUGGACGUCACCGUUCGACUUCAAAGUGGUGAAGUGCGCAAAGUCAGCAAGGAUGCCUGCGGUACUGUCGGUGUCGCCAGCAACCCUCAUUGGCAUUUCAGGCAGCUUGGAAAGGCGGGACGAAGCAGAUGGCUCAACAUCAGACCAACCGUUCGCGGUGUGGCUAUGAACGCAGUGGAUCAUCCUCAUGGUGGUGGUCGUGGUAAGAGUAAGGGUAAUGUGCAUCCAGUGUCGAUCUGGGGUACACCGGCAAAAGGUGGGUACAAGACGAGAAAGAAGAACAACCCGAACAACUACGUUGUACAGGAGAGAGUACGAAAUCAAGGCAAGCGCAGGUCGAAGAAUUAG